AGUUGUGAAUGUGGGGACUAGUCACAUGUGUACAGUGUGCGUAUAACAAUUCCUUUUUUUUUGAUAGUUUACGAAAAGAAUGGAAUGAUGAAAAGAGUAAGAAUGAUACGAGGAGGAUGAGGAGCAACGGCUAGGACGUUUGCUGAUGACAUGAUUUCUACCUCUACUACUCUCCCUCGCUCUUCUUCUUCUCCUUAUCUUUCGGACUUGCAGAAUCAAAGUUCUCACACAACUUUUGAGUUUUUUCUUUUCCACCCACCCACCCCCGUGGUUGCCCACCACGACAGGGAUCCUUGGGUUUAACCAAUUCAACUACCCUUGUUUGCCACUUCGUUAGUAGUGCUACCUAUUAGAAAAAAUGGAAAGAGAGGAAAUCGCCAAGUCCAGUGCACCAUCGUCCCCUGACGUUGUAGGGAGUAAGUUUGGCAGCGGGACGCUGCGCGGGGUGAAUAGAUAAGAUGUUGGAAGCCCACCGCGAGUAUGGAGGGUGGAAUCAUGUCUCAGCUAAUGCAUCUCUCUCGGACUCUUUGCACCUCUCGAUUCUUCUCUUCUUCUGUACUUUACAAAAUCUUCGUCGACCGACAGAAGAUAAAAACCUGUGGCCGCGACCCUUCAAGAAAUCAAUUCACGGAGCGAAGAAAGAGUUCUGCUAUGUGGGGUGUGUGCUCCCAUUUGCCUUCAUAGCACCAUGACCUCUUUUCAAUUGUAAAUGAGGGCAAUGUGACGAAUUAUGCAUUAUUUAAAACGGACAGGUGGAAUAUAUUCCGAUUUUUAUUAUUACCAGCAAUAAUAUGUAACACGUUUGUUCUUUUCAUGCUGCACAAUCGCCGCAUUCAUUCUUAGGUGCAAACGAAACUAUUUUGGAGAGGAAAGAUUUUCACGAAAAUCAUGAGUGCACUACGGACGUGGAGUUUUACCUCUACAGAAAAUCGGUUUGUUAAAAGCGGUGUUCGUGAAACUCUGCGUCAGCAGGGAAAACGUACAGUAUAGGAUAAUGUACUUUAUGUCUUUCGAACUCUUUUUUUUUUGAAUCCGAAUGGCCACUUUAAAACCAGUAGCCAAUUUGGUCCUUUACUGCUAUUAGCGAGCGGCAAUAGGGCAUGCAAAGUUCUUUAGAGUACUGUAACCACCGUUAGAAAAGAAUUAAGCGAACGUCACGUUAACUUUAUCAACCCCAUUAAUCGUCGUCGUUUUUCGUUGAGCUGUUUCGAAAACAAACAAAACCUAUUUUUGUACCAGUCGGGAGACUGCUUUUUCAAAGUGUUUCUAUUGAAUGCAUAAACAGAGAGUUCCCGGCCUGCAAGUCCUGUGGAAAAAAGGAUAAACUAUAGAAUCGUUGCAGACGACUUGUUUUUUUUUCUGGUAGCACAUUGUUUCAUUCAUGAAAUUCUCUUAACAAAUAGACCUAGGGGAACUAAACAACGCUUUGCCAAUGCGAACGACAAAUAAACGGCUCUCGCAAAAUGCACCGGUUCACACCAGAGUAAGAAACUAAUUCAUGUGGUGGCAACUUUUCGUCAAUACUACUAUAAGCGCACCUUCCGGGCAGGAUGACGCCGUGACUGCGGUGGCGCUGUGUCCAAUCGGUGGUGCGAGACGCCGUGGCGAGCUGCCUGUGUGUGUUGUGUUCUGUGUGCUGUGUGCGGAGUGCGUGUGUGAUGAUGUACAGAGUCUGCGAAACACGCAGGUCGCGGAGCCCCGGCUGUGCGCGCCAAUUGAACUGCUGUAUUUCUUGGGUGAACAAUCUCUGAUGUGCCUCCUGCGUGGCUGCUGCCGUUGCUCGUUGGACCUGUGGUAUGCGCUGUGCGGGGACGCUGAUGCAGACAAAUCAAUACUCACUCCUAUGCGGAGCUGCACUGCGCUGCUGCCCGCUGUGCGGACGCGAAGAUAACAUGCACUACCAGCUGAUGGCUCCGGUGACUGUGGAUGUGUGCGGUGCGCUGUGGCGCUGCGCCUGCGCGUGGCUGUCACGUGCCGGAUGCGUGGCGCUGUCGCUGCCUCCGCGCUGCUGAACGCUGCUGAGCAGAGGCGUGGUGAACAAUGUGCAAAGGUGAUAGUUGUAUUCGUGUGUGUGCUGCAGUUGCCGCGGCGCUGUUGUGCUGCUCGCCGUUGCGGUGCCCUCGAGUCCUCACACUGCCGAGUGCGGUGCGACUGCGCGCCACUCCACCGUUUCCCGGCAUGGGGAAUUGGUGUGCACCGCUUUUGGGAGCUAGCGAAAGGAAGGACUGAAUGCGAUUAUGUUUUGAAUGGAACUCGUGUGAAUAUCAACCUCAGAGAUUUGUUUGUACUUCGUUCUCCCUUUUCACGGACAGUCUUCAACUUCCGCCUUGUUCUCUUUUCUGUUCGUUUCCCGCCCACCCAGGCCCACGCCGAUCCGCUUUGAGGGCGGACUGAGGUUGCAGAAGUCCGCCACCGCGUUCGUCUUUGCUCCCGUUCCACGUGAAAACGUUUCUCAGAGAUAAAUUGAUCUGAUGUCUUGCCUUCCUGAGAAAGUUGAAUGCUAUAUAAAUGCCCUCGAGUGGUCGUGAGGGUCGUGGUUUAUCCCUGUACCGGAUUGGGAAGUUAAUGGAGGGGUGAAGCAAAACACCCUUCCUCUGUUUCGUUUAUUUCUACUAACCUUUACCUUUCCCCCUUCUCCGUCUCAACCUACAAACACUGACAAUUAUUCCUGUGAUGUUUGUGUCCUAUUCGUUUUGCCCCUCUUUGCUCUGCUCUUCGCACAGUAACUCCCUUUCUGCCCUUUCUCUUACUGCUCACACUCUAAAUCACCUCAACACCUACCCCCAUACUGAUUCAUCGCAAGGAUGAGCAGGGAAUCGAUGAGCGGCGAUGUUGCGUUGGAAGCCAAGCAGGUGCCGGCCGGAGAGCCGUUCAUAGCGUUUCCUGCUGGUGAGAUGGGUCCGAUCGAUGAGAUUGGCGACAGCGCGAAUGUAACGGAGACCGCGAAGGAGCCAACGAGUUUUUUCUGCUGGCAGAAUUUCCUUGUUGUGCUUCCGAGUCUUCUGACUGCAACGCUGUUCGGAUACAACAUCGGGUACGUCGGACCGUACACGAGGAUAUAUUCCUACGCGACGAACUGCCAGCUGUACGGCGCGCAGACCUCGUGCGAGACGCUGUCCGGUGCGAAGUGCAAGUGGAUGGACGCCACGACGGUGAACGCGACGUCGACGCUGGGGAUGGUGUGCGGGUGGGAGGCGCCGCGCACGACGUGCUUCCUGAGCUACGAUGACGAGGGCAGCUGCGGUGCGGACCACGACUGCGUGUGGAGCUACUCCGCGAGCACGUGCGGGAACAAGGUGGGCUACACAUCGAUCCAGAGCGGCCUAUUUGCGGGUUCGCUGAUCAUGGGAACGGCUGUCGGGUCCUUGCUCGGCGGGUACCUGACGAAAUGGCUGGACUACCGCAAGAGCUUCCUGCUGAUCGGUGUCAUGGCUUCUAUCGGCACUAUCCUGGCGCACGUGGCGACCGGCAUCUUCCAGUACUGGCUGCUGUUUGUUUCCCGCAUCAUUUUUGGAUUCCCGAUGGGGUGGAUGUCUGUGACGGCGCCGCAUUAUACCGACAAGUUCGCUCCGCGUCGCUAUCAGAAGCCGCUGGGCACCCUCUUCCAGGUGUUUACUGCGUUCGGUGAGUUUGUCACAGCUUUCUUCGCCAUCUGUCUUGGCAACACGAUCGCGUACGACGCGGAGCGUGACGCGAAGGUGAUGGGCCGCUUGCAGGGACUCACGGCGCCUUCUACGUUGAUGUGCAUCCUGACGCUGUUGGUACCGCUGGUGACGAAGGACGGGUACUCGGUGUCGAAUGCGAAGAGCACCGCCCCGGAAGAUGAUGCGACCGCUGCUAAACCGGCGGCGAAGAAGUACCCCAUUUCGAAGAUGGUGGGUCCGCUGCUGAUUGGCGUGGCGAUGGGAUGUACGCUUCAGCUGACCGGCAUCAACGCGAACAUGAACUUUGCACCAACGAUCAUGUCGAACCUUGGCCUGGACGCGCUCGUGGGCAACAUCAUCGUGAUGGCGUGGAAUUCUGUAACUGCCUUUGUUGCGAUCCCACUGUCGAAGAAGUUCACGAUGCGGACGCUGUUCCUGUUCUUCACACUGCUGGGCUCGCUGUGCUGCCUGUUCCUGAGCGGCAUCCCUGUGUACCCCGGCGUGACGAAGGUGAAGCUUGCGAAGGAGGUGAUUGGGAUCAUCGGCAUUGCGCUCUUCAUCGCGUCGUAUGAGUUUGGCAUCGGUCCGUGCUUCUUCGUGCUGUCAGUGGACGUGUUCCCAGAGUCGUUCCGCCCGAUCGGUUCGUCGUUCACGGUGUGCGUUAUGUUCAUCUUCAAUCUUGUGAUCAACAUCUGCUACCCGAUCGCGACGGAGGGCAUCUCCGGCGGCCCGUCUGGCAACCAGGACAAGGGCCAGGCUGUGGCGUUCAUGUUCUUCGGCUGCAUCGGCAUUGUGACGGUGGUGAUCGAGUACUUCUUUCUGCACCCGUGGGAGGAGCAGGACGCCGAUGAUCUCAACGAGCCGGGAACUUGUUAGAGGCAGUGACGCGGUUGUGCGAAAGACCGCGGCGGUGAGCGUGCACGCGCGAUGUGUGGUGUUUUUUGCACGUGCCUGAGCGUUGCUUUGCGGAACUGCCUCUGCGCUUUGCGCCUCUGCAGUGAUCAACACAAAGCAAUGCAAAUGUGAAGUGAAGUGCUCAUUGCGUGAGUCGCGAGCCCACCGAACAUAUCGCUCGGUACCCACAGGAGAUGAUGCCACCAUGCUUUUAUGUUCGUAUUAAUUACCUUCCAUCUGUUAAACCGUAGAGUGCUGUUUUUGUUUCCAAAACUGUAAAGGUGCAUUUUGCUUAAUGGUAGUGCUUUAACUUCUCUCUUGUUUUCUUCUUUUCCUUUUUUUUUCAUUGUUUUGGGAUUGGGGUUGUCGUGGGCGUGAUCGCGCGUGCAACUGUGCGACGACUACGGCUUCUGCGAUGCUGUCUUGCAACUUCUCCUUUCCGUUUGCCACUGCGCUGAACCCUGACAGUCUCGAUGGAGUCUUGGCUGUUGAGCGCACUUGACGAGAGAGGCGCAUGUGUUUCGUCGGCGCUGCACUGAUUUCUGUUUUGCCGGCGCAAGCACGAUCGGUGGCACGAUGAGGAGAGUUGUGCUCUCCGCACCUCUGUGCGGUGGAAGUGCGCAGUGAGGCGAGACUUCUCGAGGACGCAGCCAUGACCUCCCCGACGCCAGCACUUCGUACUGCUCGCACUCUUCACAUGAUGUUGCCAGUGUUCAUUGCGGCGAAUAUUGAAACGUUUUUAUCUGCUCGCAGGUGGAAGUGUCGCAGCGCACUGCAACAGCAUUGAGUGACGGCGUACGUUGUUCAAAAGAUAUGCACCUGUUUCUUGGUUUUUGUUUUCCGCUUUGUUUCACUUCCUCCCCAAAACGGUAUUUUCCUCUCUUCUCUUCGGCCAGAAACUCAUUUGAUUUUCUCGUACAUCUUUUUCCCCCUCUUUUCCCAUUUUCACGUGCUCGCGCCACAGCCGGUGCCGGGAAUGGUGCAGAGCGAGAGCAUGCGAAGUACAACCGGCGGAGUUACAGGUUUAUUGAAUGCUGCUUCUCUCACUGCCCCUUCGCCCAGCUUUUCUCGGUCACGGCGAUACGGCUCUGGCCUCCUCCCCCUCUCUUUCAUUUCCCCCCGGCAGAGUGUUUCCUUUUGGUGCAAAUCGUCCCGUUUAUCUGUUGUGCAGGGCACCGCCUGGGACGAGGAGUUGCACGGGGGACGCUGCCGUGCUCUUAGCAGCUGCUCAUGCGGCCCGCGGUAGGUGUGUGUGGUCCGCCGAAGGCUGUGGUCGUGGGUACGCAUGAGCGAGGGAGUGGAGGUGAAGCCGAGUACGCGGAGCUGGAGAAGGAACUGAUUUGAACUACAGUGUCUCCUUUAUAUAUAUAUAUCUCCUCUGACUGCUAUUGCAUUGAAAUUGUAGAGCAAUUUUCUCUUUUCAUUCCGUCACUGGAUCGGUUGGAGUGCACCCCUCAUCCAUGACACCCCAGAGCUGAGGCUUUCUGGCCGUGACGCUCCCCCUGCGGCCUGUGUGGAUUGCCACGAGUAGCGCUCUUGCGACUCGGUUGAAGUGGCCUAUGGAAUAGGUGAUGAGGAGGGAGAGCAGCCGAUGCGUGUGCAGUGACGUGGUAGAAGUCAAUUGUUUUACUUGCCCCUGCGUGUGCUGCGAGUGUACCCCUCUGUAUCUCUCCCCACGCCAAUAUCGAUAUAUAUAUAUAUAUGCGUCGUUGGGCGGGCUGCGACGACAUUGUUUUGUUUCGAUUUAUCUUUCUCGUUCUAUCUUGCUUUUUCUCUUUUUAAAUUUCCCGACUAUUUCCAGCGGAAAAGAAGUAGUCAAACUCGGGGAGGUUCGCGAGGCGAGAGAGCUCUCACGGAUGCAUGCGUGGGAAGCGGUGACAGAUGGCGAGUGCUUCAGCACUCUCGUACGUGCCCGCUUGUUUGGUGGUGCGUGCGCAUCUCCGUGUUGGCACUCCACGCUUCGAGUUGUUGGUAACAGCCGAGCUCUCAAAAGCUUAUCUUAAUACCUAACUAUAUCUAAACAACGCUGUACCCUUUUUCAGCUUCGUUUCUAUUCAUUUAUUAUUACUAUCUUCAUGGUUUUGUGUGUGAAUGUCCUUUUCUGGUACUAAGGCGUCAUUGUGUUGUAAAAGCACGCUGGACAUCGUGGCCCUCUAACAAU